AAAGAAGACGAAAAUUGGUUUAUAAGACAUGUUUUAUAAAAAGGUAUUCAAAUUAAUUGAUAUUAGCCUCGCCUAAACAAAAUGCUUUUAGUAAAAUCGUCUUAUCCAUACAAAAAGCAAACAAUCACAGCUUUAUUGUGAAUGGGCUGUUCCGUAAAAUAAAUUGACGUCGUGGAAACUCUAUACGAUGCUAUGUGCUGUGAAUUCCUGGAUCAGAUGGUAAAACAAACCUUUAAAUAGUGAUUUUGUUUGACAGUACUUGCGUCACUGUCGUUGUCAACAGUGUUAUAAUGCUUUGAAAAGAAAAAUAAAUUGAAUUAUUAUGUAUUUUUAUUGUGAAAUACCGUGUCAACUGUUUUUUUAACAAAUGUGCAGUAGUUAUGUGAAACCUUAAUCGAGGACGACUUAAUAAUUUACAGGAGGCUCUAAAAAGCCUUCAAAAUGAACAUCAUGAGAAAGUUGAGGAGUGGUGUUACCAACACCUCUCCUGUCUCCUCAUCUGACCUAUCAGAUGGACCUUCUUCUCCACACACACAAUUGGGGCUGAUGCAUCUCAAAAAACUUUUUUCUGAAUAUACUCACCCUGUUCAUCCUCUCACAGAUCGAGAAAAAGACGACAAACUAUACAAUAUGUUGCCUCUUUUUUGUAAGGUAUUUGGUACAAGUCCGACUUCUGAUAUGAACGAAAAAUUUUGGGAUAUCCUAUCAUUUUGUCACGAAGUAUCUCUUCUAAUGGUAUCAGAAAUAAGUAAGAGAGCUUCAAACCAAAGUACAGAGACAGCUAGUUGUGCCAUUACGAAAUUUCUUGAAAUCGAGAACUGUGAAGAAUCCAGUAAUGGCUGGAUGCUUCUUUCCACCUUAAAUUUAUUAGCUGCUGGAGAUUAUACAUUAGUACAGGUUAUGUCGGAAGUAUCUGUACCAUCUACAUUGGUGAGAUGUUUGUAUCUUUUCUUUGAUUUACCUGAGAUAUCAGAAAAAGAAGCCGAUACCAAAGAUAAUAAUAGUGAUUUUACUCCAAAAGAAAGAAGAAUACUUUUACAAAAAAUGUUUGUUCAACUUUUAGUUCGUUUAUGCAGUCAUAGGAUACCCGCUGAGGAAUUAGCAAGAAAAGAUGAUUUAAGAUUAUUAUUUACGUCAAUUACCACUUGGGUUUUACCACAUAACGCUAUGUGGAGAAAAAGUGCCGCAGAAGUUUUGAUGACUCUAUCACGACAUGGAUUAACACCCUUAGUAGUUGGAUAUAUCCAUUCAAAAAGUUGCAUUGAUGAAUGUAUCCAAAAUAUGAAAAAGAAUCCUGAACUAGCUCCUUUCGAAUUGGUGGAAAUGUUGGUAACACUUUUCUGUUUUCUCAAAGAUUCCAGUGAAGUGUCUUCUACAUUAUUAGACGAUUUUCGACAAGCUCAAGGUUAUCCCUUCCUCUCUGAUUUUCUUCUAAAAUUUGAAAAUGAUAAUUCCAGUGAAGCCCAAGAAACAAUAAGAAAUUUAGUAUUGAUGAUAUCGUCUUUGUGCAUGUGUGGGUACUUGGAGUUGAAACCAUCUCAGGCAUCGACCGGAUCUUUAUUCCAAAUGCAAGGUUUCAUUUUACCCCAACCUUCUGGUCGAGGUACAAGUAUUAGAAACAUUCAAGCGUUUCAUGUUCUUCAAAGCGCUUUCCUCAAAUCGAAUUCUUCACUUUUAUGUUCGACUAUAUUAGAUGCCAUAUCGAGUAUAUACCAUUCGGAUAACGCCAAUUAUUUCAUUUUGGAAAAUCAAAAUACUUUGAGUCAAUUUACCGAAAGGAUUCAAUACAAACCUGCAGAUAUACAACAAAAACUAUUUGAUCUCAUCGAGUUUUUGGUUUAUCAACUGAACUUUGUACCGUGCAAGGAAUUAAUUUCCAUGUCGAUAUUUUUGAAGACGCACAGUUUGAAUUAUGUUGAUUGCAGUCUUUUGUGUAUGCAGACGUUGUUGAACAUCUUGAAACACAAUCCGAUAUUCAAAGACGUAUACAGAGAAGUGGGUUUAUUGGAAGUUAUAGUUACUUGUUUGAAUCGGUAUGGGGAUUUGCUGGAAGAUAAAAAUAUUACUGAUAAUAUGGUUAAAGAUUAUAAAUUAAUUUCCAAACAAGAAAAAUUGGGAACAUUAACAGUAGAAGCAUUGACUAUAUUAUUAACCAAUAAUAGUUCGAAUGCGAAUGUUUUAAGAGAGUGCGGUGGAGCUAAAUGUGUCCAUAAGCUAGUCCAGUUUCCGGAAUGUCGAAAAGCCAUAUUAGGUAUUAUUAAAGAAUUAGUAUUAACUACAGGAGGCGAUGACGAUAUGGGGCAGUUAUUAAACACCCUACAUUCAGUUCCUCGUACCCAAUUGCAGCUUAAAAUCGACAUUUUGGAGGCUUUAAAGAUAUGCUUGAAAGAAUCACAUCGUACCCGAACAGUAUUUCGAAAAGCUAACGGUUUUGUGUACGUAAUCAGCGUCCUUAUAGCUAUAGAAGGACGAUUGUGCGAAAAAGAAACCGAUCCUGAAGUAUUGCAUCUAUUGAGUUUGGUAUUUCAAACGGUUAGUACGGCGAUGAGAUUCGAACCGGCGAACGCUAAAUUUUUUCAUCACGAAAUAUGCAGAACGAGUCUAUGCGACAGCAUCAAAUUAUUGGGGUGUUUUUCCAAUGAAAAACUAUCGAAAAUUAGCGAGAUCGAUUUCGAGACGGUGUCUAACGAAUAUGUGGAAAUAUAUCAGAAUUUGUUUAUCGGUUCCGUUACUAACGUAGAAUUUCCGGAUAAAAUAUCGCCAUCUUUAGUAUAUACCAUUGUAGUUUACAGGCUUUUAUACGAUUUAGCUUUGGAUUUGUUCGAUAAAAAUAUUAAUACGAAUAUAUUUUAUAUGAAAUCUCCAUCGGUAUCUAGGGAAUCUAGUUUACAGGGGGAUGGAAAUAAAAAGAGGUCGAACGUCAAUUCUCUAAAUUUGAGUCCUCCAACUCCUGACCCGAUAAUUGUUCAUCCCGGGGUGGUAGUUUGUAUGUUACAAUUGUUACCUUGUAUAAAAGAUGAUCACUUCGAAAUGUACCUGAGUCUCCAAUUAUUUAUAGCGGAAAUAAUAAAAUCUUUAGUACGUAGCGAACGAAAUCAACAAGUAAUGUGCGAUAAAAACUUCGUGAAUCACUUACUCACCGUCGGUUCGGAACCGCUCCAAAAUGAGAAUCAUCCCUUGCACAAUUCCCUUCAAUACAUGCUUGAAAGAUUGGCAGCUCAAGCGAUUGAAGCCAAAGAUUUGAGACAGUUUUUAAGGUUAGGAAAUCCGUUGUGUUGCCUUCCGUUAGGUUCUAACGAACCCGGCGGUUAUCCGGUUCCAUUAACCAGAAUAAAAACUUUAGUAUCGAUGACGACUCCUAAAGAUUUUCGAGCGCAAUCUUCUUAUACUUCACCGCCGUUCGCCGAAUUCGAUAUGUCGGCGGAAGGCUUCGGUUGUCUUUACUUACCCAGCAUAGCUCCGCAAUCAAUUUCGACUCCUAGCGUCGUUUCCACUGUAGACAACACCGUCUUAGGUGGAAUAGGUAUUGGCGAUAGAAUGUUUCCUCCCCAGACUGGUCUAACGUAUUCGUCUUGGAUAUGCGUCGAUAAAUUUUCCGAUCCGAGAUCAGAUCCUCAUUGCGUACGUCUAUUGACUCUAGUUAGAAAUUUCAGCGGGGCUCGCGAAGACAAUUUAGUUUGUCUAUCGAUAGUAUUAUCGGCUAGAGAUAAAGCUAUUAUAGUAUCGACACAAGAAACCCACAUACCAAAUCACGUGGGCGAUUGGGAACCGGAAGGUACCGGUGAACACGGAGCUAGAGUAUGGUGUCCGGAUAUAUUACAAGAAGGUCAAUGGCAUCAUUUGGUGAUCGUAUUAAAUAGGGCCGUAUUGAAAAAUUCGUCGUUUUCUUUGUAUUUGGACGGACAACAAAUACAUAAUCAAAAAAUGCAUUAUAUAUCACAAAAUCCCGGAGGCGGUUCUGCGAAUUUAACAGUGGCGUCUUCUGUUUAUGGAUAUAUUGGAACGCCGCCAGCUUGGAGACGGUAUUCUAGGUUAUGUUGGAAACAAGGACCUUGUCAUCUAAUCGAAGAAGUUCUCCCACCGAAUACUGUUGCUCAUAUGUAUCAAUUAGGACCUCAUUACAUGGGCUCUUUUUUAGCGCCGAAUUUGAGCAAUCCGGACGUAGGACCUCUUGUAUCUGAGGAAAAAGUGGUAUUCGGAUUGAACGCUAAAGCAGUUUCCCAAUUAACGUUGAAUAAAAUAAGAAAAGUGUACAGUAGAACAGACAAUAAAUCUAUAGCGAAACAAUUGGGAAUGUCUAGUCAUGAAAGUGCAACACCUAUAAGAAUACUUCAUAAUUCGGCUGGACAUUUGGCUGGAUCUGCAAGAACUUUAGGAGGUGUCAUUAUCGGUUAUUUGGGCGUAAGAGUUUUUUGUCCGAGACCGGUAGCCGUAACAAUAGACGCAGUUGGGGGAUGUUCAGUUCUUCUAGGUCUAAUCGCAAUGGCUCAAGAUGUAGAAAGUUUGUACGCAGGUGUAAAAGCUUUGGUAUGCGUGGUAAAGAGUAAUAAAGUAGUUCAUGCCGAAUUAGAUAGAAGAAGAGGUUACCAGACGUUGGCUAUGUUGCUUAGAAGAAAACGAAACCUAUUAAAUUCCCAUAUACUCCAUCUCACUUUCAGUUUAGUAGGUACCGUAGAUAGCGGUAGAGAAUCAUCUGCUAUACCGAACAAAACCGCUUUCCAAGAUCUACUGUGCGAUCUGGAAGUUUGGUACGAAGCGCCAGGAGAACUUCUUCGAUCCCAUUUAGAACAUUUAUACGAAUUGGCGGCCGAAUCGAACGAAAAACGAAUCAACUGUCGCGUAAUGAGGGAAUUACAUUUAGUCGAAAAAUUAUUGUACAUAUGUCCGGAUGUAAAACAUAAUGCUACAAGACAAAUUUUAUUUUCUUUGUUGAGCGUGUUGUUGAAUAAUCAACCGAGACAGAACGAUUUGUUACUUUUCGGACAGUUUAUGGCGUCCACUUUACCAUCGAAUUCAGAGGAAACGGAAAAACGUUUGGAACUUCGAGAAGGUGAUAACGAACGGGACGGUGAAGGUGAACACGUUUUAUUAAGGAACAGAUGUCUUGGGUUGUUACAUACGAUGAUUUUUUCGAGUAGAAAUCAUAUAGGGGAGGAAAUCGUUAAAACGUUAGGAUUCGAUUGGUUGUUGUUGUUCAUGCAACAGAACGUACAUAAUACAACCGUCGUAUGGGCCGUUAGGUUGUUAGUCGCGAUUUGUUCGAAUACGACGCUACUUUGUCGGUUUAGAGAUGGUAUGAACAAUGGCGGUUGGCUCCGGUACACCGAUCAAGUAACCCACAACAAAAUGGCAGUAGUAUUAGGUAACCAUUUAAACAGCAUUCAUUGCAACGAUAUCAAAUCGGAUGCUCUCCUUAUACCGGGAUUCAAAUUUUUGGGAUGGUUGUUACCGUAUCAUCUAGAAAUACCGGAAAUAUAUUUCUUGCUUACUGCAAUGAUGAUGGGUCAACCAGCCAAACUAUUAUCAAGUGAAACAAAAUUCGAUCUCGAUACAGUUUGGGCUUUUUUGUGGGGCGGAUCGAUCAAUAAUCAAACGAUCAAUAGUGUUUUACCUCGAGUAAAUUUGUGUUCCGAGGCUGUCGUUGCUCUUUUAACGAUGGCCAAAGCUGUGGUACACUCCGAAGAGGGUACGUUACCUCGGUGGUUACAAAGUCAUCCAAUAUCUAUAGUACAGGUAUUAUUCCAACUAUAUCACAACAUGCCGGAAUUUAUGCCGAUAUUUAUGUCUUCAGAAGUCUUAGGUGCUCUUACCAACGUCUUAUUUACAUCAUCCGUUACGUCUGAUAGUAUAGAAAGUAGCGGAGCUUCUACACCCGCUUGUGAUGAAACCGAUACGCUGAUUAUGAUGUCCCGAACACCAGAUGAACAAACUCUAAUCAAUCAUCCCGUUAGACAGUUCAUAAUAGAUUUUAUAAGGGUUAUUGUUGUGGAUUCCCUUAGUUUACCGACAACUGGUAAAAACGCCCCGGUUAUAGAUUUGGUUUUGGACGCAUACCCCGAAAAUUCAAGUAGCAAUCAGCAAAUUUGUUACCAAACGGAAAUUUUGGUAACUUUGAUGGAUCAUUUGUUGGCGGCGGAUAUGCUGGUAGGUGAUCAAGCCGCUAUACCGAUCGUACCUCUCCCUAGUGCUCACAUACAGAAUAUAACUCCAAACGUUUAUUAUUUAACAGCUAGAAUAGUAGACAAGUUAUGGCAAGGGUGUCUUACUAGAGAUCCUCACGAAGUAUUCGAUUUCAUUGUGAAAUUAAUAGGACAAGCUAAAAGGAGAACAGGAAAUAUAUCAUUGGAAAAUUUGUAUCACAGUUUGAAUAGGAGCAUUCUGUUUUUAUUAAGUCGACCUACGGAUAGUAUCGCGGACCAAAUGUCAGUUUUGGAAGCUUUACAUAAACUCACUACAAAUAGGUUGAUAGUUUUUGGAGCUGGAAAUCACGAACUGGAUUUUAUUGCUUGUUUAACUUACUGUCUACUUCAAUUAACUUCGGAUAUGAAAAUAAUGUUGGAUAUAAAUAUGAAAACUACUUGGCACGUGAAUCCGAGUAGCGAUUUGGAAUCUCGAGACGAACAGUUAAAUUGUCACCAAGGAAGAAAUUUAAUGGCCGGUGCUGCUUUGCGCGUUUGGGAAGAACUGUAUGUCUGCAAAAAACCGGCUAUAGAGGAAGUUUUCAAAGUCACUUUGGCUCAACCGCAUCAAAAUUCCAAAGCUCCAGAUCUUCUAUUAGUUAGGGAUCAAGUUUUUGAUUCCGCUACGAAAUUGUGGUUAAACUACAUAGACGGAGAACGGAAAGCAAUUUAUCGAGUUCCAUUCGAAUUUCACAACCAAAUCCAAUCGAAAAUUCAUAAGGUAACUGGAGGAUUGACACGAUUAGCUAGUAGAACAAAAGUAAAAAAAGAAGAAACGAUUAAAGUUGCCGUUAGGAUAGGUAAAAAGCAAGCGUUUAAUUGGACAUGUGCGCACAUCAAUUUAUUAAAAGAAUUGAUGGAAAUGAGAAGGCAGCAACAUCAGAAUACAUCCCAGCACACCCAACGUUACGUACAUCAAGAGUGGCUUCAAACUGAAAACGAUUUAACUCGAGAGAGGGGUCUUUGGGGACCGCCGGAACCCAACUAUUUAGAUAAAUGGAUGUUGGAUAUGACGGAAGGACCUCACAGGAUGCGAAAAAAGACAAUGAGAAACGAUUUAUUUUAUUCCCAUUAUCCAUACAGAAUUGAACAAGAAAAAGGAUUAUUAAAAUACAAAGUUGCUACCAGUUACCAUAGUAAAGAAUAUUAUAAUGCUAUCCAAGUGAGAAAACAUUUGGGCGUAUCCGGUAUAAUGGAACCCGAAAGAUCCGACAGUGUAGUGGACGAACCUUCGCCUCUACCUUACACUCCAGCUCUUUCCCAAUUGGCUAGGUUAAGAUCGGACGUGGAAGAUCAAGCAGAAGAGGGAGAAGGCGAAGACGAGUCUUCUUCGCAACCCGACAACCAAACUUUAAUGAGACUACUAGAGGCCAAUGAAAAAGUAACAUACAUGUUCAGAUGUGCGAGAAUUCAAGGAUUAGAUACGACUGAAGGGCUUUUACUUUUCGGACAAGAACACUGUUACGUUGUAGACGGUUUUACUUUGUUGAAAAAUAGAGAAAUUAGAGAUAUCGAUAGCGUGUCGAUGAAUACGAAUGAAUACGAACCGAUUGUACCGAACCCGGGAUCUCCUAGAAGAUCUAGAGCUAUGCGACAAUGUUCCAAGUUUUCAUAUGAUGACAUAAGGGAAGUUCAUAAACGGCGAUAUUUACUACAACCGAUGGCCUUGGAAGUAUUUUCCGGCGAUGGAAGAAAUUAUUUAUUGGCUUUCCAAAGAAAAAUCCGUAAUAAAGUGUACCAAAGAUUCAUGGCCACUGCUACUGGUAUAGCUGACAGCGCUCAACAGUCAGUCGCCGGUCAAAAGCGCACCGCUAAUGUUGAACAAGCUACCGGACUAUUGAGCAAUCUCAUUGGCGAAACGAGCGUCACGCAAAGAUGGGUGAGAGGAGAAAUAUCGAAUUUUCAGUAUUUGAUGUACCUGAAUACAUUGGCAGGCAGAUCUUAUAACGAUCUGAUGCAAUAUCCAGUUUUUCCUUGGAUACUCGCCGAUUACGAUUCAGAAGAAUUGGAUUUAAACGAUCCGAAUACGUUUAGAGAUUUUACUAAACCAAUGGGAUCUCAGAGUUCUGAACGACUCGAGCAAUUCAAAAAACGAUUCAAGGAAUGGGAUGAUCCCCACGGAGAAACACCCCCUUAUCAUUACGGUACCCAUUAUUCAAGCGCCAUGAUCGUGUGCUCUUAUUUAGUUAGAUUGGAACCUUUUACGCAACAUUUUCUCAGAUUACAAGGUGGUCAUUUCGAUCUGGCCGAUAGGAUGUUCCAUUCUGUUAAAGAAGCUUGGCUUUCUGCUUCCAAACAUAAUAUGGCGGACGUUAAGGAAUUGAUACCGGAAUUCUUCUAUCUUGACGAGUUUCUUUGUAAUUCCAAUCAAUUCGAUUUAGGUGUGAAACAAAACGGGGUUAGUUUGGGAAAUGUAAUUCUUCCUCCUUGGGCGAAACAAGAUACCAGAGAAUUUAUAAGGGUGCAUAGACAAGCUUUGGAAUGCGAUUUCGUAUCCCAGAAUCUUCACCAUUGGAUCGAUCUGAUUUUUGGAUACAAACAACAAGGGCAGCCCGCCGUCGAUGCUGUUAACGUAUUCCACCAUCUGUUUUACGAAGGCAACGUGGAUAUUUACAAUAUCGAUGAUCCCUUAAAGAAGAAUGCAACUAUUGGAUUUAUCAAUAAUUUUGGACAAAUACCCAAGCAACUUUUCAAGAAACCUCACCCAUGUAAAAAAAUGUACGGAAAUAACAAUAGAUCGUCAGUAAUCGAUACCGGAUCUUUAGUACAAGCUUUCACGUUACCCCAACCAGAAAAAUUGUUUUUCCAUCAUUUAGAUAAUUUAAGACCGUCCCUGCAACCUAUCAAAGAAUUAAAAAAUUCGGUCGGACAAAUACUUCACGUGGAUCGUUCAGUAUUAGCCGUCGAACAGAAUAAAGUUCUCAUGCCGCCAACUUACAAUAAAUACGUCGCAUGGGGAUUUGCCGAUCAUUCCCUAAGGAUAGGAAAUUAUGAAAGCGAUAAGGCCGUUUUCGUUUCCGAAAAUGUCGUACAGAACAACGGGGAGAUAUUGGCUUGUGUUUGUCCGUGUCCGAAGACAAUCGUUACCGCCGGCACCAGCUCAGUUGUAACCAUAUGGCAAUACGAAGCUCGAAGAAAAACCAUGACAAUAAAACACAGUUUGUACGGUCAUACCGAUGCUAUAACGUGUUUAGCCAGUAGUCCCGCUUACAACGUUAUUAUAUCCGGUUCUCGGGAUUGUAGCGCGAUCAUUUGGGAUUUAUCCCGAGGGGUAUUCGUUAGACAGUUGCGAGGUCACGCCGGACCGGUCGCUGCCGUAGCUGUCAACGAUCUUACCGGAGAUAUCGCUACUUGCGCCGCCACUUGGUUACAUGUUUGGAGUAUAAACGGCGACGAUUUGGCUAAUGUGAAUACGUGCGUCGGUACCGCUGACAGAAUGCAGCAGAUUUUGUGUGUCGCGUUUUCGCAGACGCACGAAUGGGAUUCACUUAACGUUAUAAUGACCGGAUCAACAGAUGGCGUGACUAGGAUGUGGUCAAUCGAUUAUGUCCAAGUACCGGAUGAACAAAGUACAAAUUCGAUUAACUCGAAGCCUCCCAUUGAACCGAAAUCGCCCUUAUCGUCGAAAUUGGGUGAAUCGAUUACAAGACCAUCUUCGAUACACCAUCGUCUAGUGAAACAAAUCAACGUAUCAAGCAAUUCCUCAUUAGGAAGUUCCGGAAAUUUGUUGAAAUCAGGUUCGGAGAGCAGUCUUUCUGAGGACAAUACAAGAAACUCAAUAGAAAAGCAGAUGAGUAACGAAAGCUCUAAAGAAUGGAGAAGCGGACAACAAGAUGAAAAAGAUACUUGUAGUGAUACAGAGGAAUGUCUACCUCCGGUAGCACCGGCUAGAAGAAGGAGAUCCAGAGUACAUGCUGGUUUUAGAAAAAGUGAAGGAGGUCAUAGUGCAGAUAAUGCUGUCGUCGAUAUAGACGAUGGUUCAGGUUUAAGAACCAGUAAAUCUGAUACCAGCCUAACGGAUUCCUUUGUUAUGAUUUCUGAAACGAAAAAGAAAUCUCCGAAUCCACUGAAUUCUCUAAGACCGGGAUUCAAAUGGCAACGACAACUCGUUUUUAGGAGCAAGUUAACGAUGCACACCGCUUUCGACCGAAAAGACAAUACGGAACCCGCUUCGGUUACCGCUUUAGCUACUUCAAAGGAUCACCGUAGCGUUUACGUAGGGGACACUAGAGGUAGAGUUUUCUCUUGGAGCGUUUGCGACGUACCCGGAAGAGCCGCCGAUCAUUGGUUGAAAGACGAGGGCGCCGAUUAUUGCGCCGCUUGCAAUAUAAAAUUCAGUAUCUACGAAAGGAGACAUCACUGUAGAAAUUGCGGUCAAGUUUUUUGUUCAAAGUGUAGUAAAUUCGAAUGUGAAAUAUCGAGACUUCGCAUUUUGAAACCCGUCAGGGUAUGUCAGAAUUGUUACGCCGCUCUUAAAGCUGAUAAAUCUUAAUUCCAUACCAAUAUAAGUAUAAUAUAAGAGAGCCCUCUAUCGAUAAAACAUAAAAAUAAUGGAUGUAUGUUAUAAUGUGAUCAUUAUACAACAGAUAUAGAUAGGUACAUAUAGAAUAUCGCUCUUGAAAUAAUGAUCAUCAACAUCGUAUGUUUCCAUUCCUUUUCAAUCCUGUACCUCUCGGAUUCGGUUCCCUUUAAAUAUGGUCCUUUGCCUUGGACGCCAAUCCGUUAUUCCCAGAUCCAAUAUGAUUUAUAAAAUUGAUGUUGAGGUUAGAGUUGUACCAUUCCAUAUAUGUGUUCCCUAGAAACUUUUAUAGAUCAAAUUUUUGUCGUAUUGGGUCUUCCAUUAAGCACUUCCUAUAUUUAAAUAAAAUAAUAUGGGUGUGAGAUAUAAUCGAUGAUCUUAUCAUUAAAAUGUCCACCGUGGAUGAUUCUUGAGCUGAAUUCGCCCUAUGACAUAGAAUAAGUUAGUUUUGAAAACCCCUGAGAUUCAUAACUUAUUCACAUAGACUUGCAGCUCAAUAAAACUCCAAAAGAGAAGAUCAAUUAGCCUGAUCUGAAACUAUAUACUGUUGGGUGUCGAUAUUGUCCACUUAAGUUCAAAAGAAGUGGAUAGUCUGCGACCUAUACUGACUUUUUAAAGGAAAUAUGAAAUAAUGACGCCGCCAAGCAUAAAUCUACACCAAACACUUUUCUCGAAUGUGUUGGACGCUUUUGGGUCUUACGAGGAUAGGUAUUAUCCAAGAGAUUCUUUCUUUGAUGAUAUUUCAACUGUUUCAAAGCUCAUUCGGCCAGCUAUGGCAGUUUACUAUUAAUUUUUGGAUUAGUUGAAUUUUGUACGGGUGUAUACUUAAAUCACGACUCAAACAGUGAUAGUCUCGCCAAAAUCAUAGCUCCUGGUGAUUAUCCAGAAAUAUCUCAGAAAAUCUUGUGGGCUUUUGACAUAUGGUUCAUUGUUUAUUGACCCAGUGCACUCAAAUUUAGUCACAACACUCCGAUAAAUUCUUCCCUCUCCAUCGAGGAGUAGUGUUGAAACGGAAUACCCAUCGUGCACCGUUUCUGCAACAAAAUAUUCAUCAUGGAGUUUUGUCAGAACAGAAUACUCAUUGUGGAACAUUCUUAUAAAAAAAUACCCACCAUGGACCAUUGUCAGAACAGGAUAUCGAUCGUGAAACAUUUCCAGAAUAAAAUUAUUCAUCGUCGAGUAAUGUGAAAACAGAAAAGCAAGCGCAAGAAGGUAAACCCUUUUACACUCGAGUAGUUCGAGUGGUGCCUGCUGUGUGGAUAUUGAUUUUGAACUUGUGUAGAUUGUAGUGUGGACCAUUAACAGAAAAGAAUACCCAUCGUGAACGAUUACCAGAAAAGAAUACCCAUUUUGAUAGAAAAAAAUUUUAUAAUAUUCACGCUCUAUUUAAUGCUGCAUAUGUCCGUGAUGAUUUGAUAGAACAGGCUGAAUCAAUGACUAUCAAUUUGAUAGACAUAGCUUCGAUAAAAUGGCAGCUGUCAACUGUCAAAAUUCGGAAAUCCUUAGUGGAAAACCUUCUUCAUUAUGGACUGCCUACAGUGAGCCGGUUAAUAUAAUCAAUACUCUGAAAACGAUAUAUCCUAAGGUCCCUAUGGAAUAUAAUCUUGUAAUUAGGACAAUUUACAAUUGAAAACCAAAAAAAAAGAGAUUAUGUUAGUUAAAGUACGUUAGAAAGAAAUUUCGAUGAUGAACGGUUUUUGGUGAAUUGUCACUCACCAGAAAAUCUAAAUAACGUGGUAGUAUCAAAAUAAGGCCAAUAAUUUCAUCUGUUUGAGCAUUGUGAAUAUUAAGCUUCAUGUGUUGAUUAGAUUGAGCUUUGUAAGCCAAAUUUUUCACUGAAUAUAUACCGAAGUGAUGUUCCUGAACAUUCACUAUCGUAUAUUAUUUCGAUAUUAAUUUGAUUUGCUUCUUUUUGGAUGAGUAUAAGAUUUAGCAUCAAUGUACUGAUAACGAAACUGACUAAUUUCAUUUUUUGUUCAUUAUAUUUUAAUAAACCUCAAAAAUAAUCGAUUGAUUCAAAAUAAUCAUUUAUAUGUUGCAAAUUUACAAAUCAGGGCAAUAGUAAUUUAAACCUACUUAAAAAUGAUCAAAAACUAGUCAAAAAACCAAAGAAAAAUGUCUAUAGCAAUUUGUAGAUGUAGAAAAAGCCGUGAAUAAAGUGAAAGUAAACGUAAAUCGAUGAUAUCAGAGGAAACAAUUCUUAAAAGGGUGAAAGUAGAAAAAUUUUAAAAAAAAAAUAUCAAAAACGUGUUGAUUGUAUUAACCGGUAACCGCUGUUUAAACUCUGAUCAAAACAACAAAUAUUGUGUCAAAUAAUUAACAAAAAGACAAACCUUUAUUGUGAAAUCCAUUGUAGUGUAGCAUACCGCAUAUUUUCCACAUAAUAGUUCGUAUCUACCUAAAUAGUUCUAAAACGUAGUAUAGAUUUUAAUUUUUUUAUUGAAUUCCAUAACACACCCGUUAUUUUAUAUAAUUUAUCUAUUAACAUAGUGAAAACACUAUUCACUAUCACUAUACCAACACCGUUUGGUCCUUCGAGCCGGUUAUUGUAGGCUCGAAGGAGCAAAUUCUAUAAAAUCGAUUGUUGGUGUAGAUUAUAUUAAUUUUUUUAAUAUUGAAUUUAUAUUUAUAGUCUAAACUAUUUUUGUUUUUAUUUUUGUUAUAUAAUUAUUGUUGUAUUAGUAAAUUUUAUACUAUUUAUAACGCUUUAUAUUUGUUCAUAAAUUAGUUUUCUAUUCUACAUAUUAUAUAUACGCCUUUUAUCAAUUUUCUACGUAUUUUAAAUGUUUUAUUUAUUUUAUAUUUUUUAAAUUUUAAACUUUCUUUUUCUAAUUUAUGUAAUUGACAUUGUCGUGUUUAUAUAUAAUUCAAACUCUCUUUUAAUUUUUCAGACCCAAACAUACAAUGCCACUUGGCAAAUCAAAUUACAACACUGAGAAAAAUUCUACAACUGUGGUAAUUGUAUGUAAAAGUAUAACAAGUUUAAUAAUUUUUUUGCUCGCAAUUUUUUUAUUUUGUCUGUCUUUUCAUACUCCUCAAAUUUCAACUUUGAUUUUUUGUAGUUUCUAAUAUUUUCCUCUAGUUUCUAUUCGCAACAUACAACAAUUUACAAGAAUCAAUAAUGAAAAAUAAAGAAAACAAGAAAUUGAUUCAUUGAUUCAAUUAUGGUAUUGGAGGUGGAAGGGGAAAAAUUGGAAAAGAUGACAAAAGAUAGAAAAUAGUAAGGAGAAUGAGUAUCAGAAGGAUCGAAACCCCCAUUAAACACUAAAAAAGCAUUAUUUACAAGGGUCAAUGAACAUUUGAAAAGUAACAUAGAUAAAGAAGAAAUCAGAAGGAAAAUUUAGGAAUAAAUUGAUAGACUCAUCCAUUGAAUUAAGAGUAAAAGAAAAAUCACUUGAUUGAAAAACAUAGAUAAAGAAAGUCUGAGAAGUAAAACGUUGAAGAAAAUCAAUUUCUUUCUUAAUCUUCUCUUCUGCUCUUUAGUUGUGUUUUCUUCCUCUAUCUUCUUUUUAUAGAUGUUACUUUUAAAGUUUUUUCACGCCAAUUCAUAUAUUUUUUCUUUAUUGAACCUUGUUUGGUUACUUUUUGAUAUAUCCUAUCUACAACCCGAAAAUUACUACAACCCCCCAACCCAACAACCAUUUCAAUUCAGAAUUUUCUUGUAAUUUCUGUUUUAUUUUUGUAUCUUUGUUUUUUAUCCUACAUAUUUUAGUUUUCUUUUGAUGUCUUAUGAAAAAAAUUAUGUAUAAACACUUGAUAUUUAGUUAUAAAAAAUAAAAAUAAUAUUCUUAACCUCAAAUCUGUAAAAACGCUUUUUUUAAUAGAAAAACCAAAUAUUAAUGUUAUAAUUGCUACAAAUGAAUAUUUGAAAGCUUGGUAUCGGUUUUAAUUUUUCGAAAAUCUCUUUACUUAGAAUUAUACUUUUAUUUUUUUUUCCGUUUUUACUUAUUUUAUAUAUAUUAGGAGAAAAAUCGUUGCCUGGGUAUUAUUUAAUCUAAAACAAAUGUAGAAAAAAGCUUGUGCAAAUGUGUACGUUUAAGUAUGUAAGUUGUAAAUAUAGUACUUAAAAAACCAUGAUUCAUCUAAAACUUACAAUUUUAACUGUCUUCGCUUGAGAAUUUGAUAAAAUUGAAUUCAAUUUUAAAUUAUAAGCCAAAAAAAUCUAUUUUAGUGAAGUAAUUUCACACCAUUUUGUCAACUUAUUGACAUAAGUUCAAAGGGAUUAGUCAGGUGUCCAGUAGAUGGCCCCUUAUCAAAGCUGAUACUAUCUCACCAGAAUUCUAAUUGAAUCUAGUAUCUGUGCUACCUUCAAGAUUGUUGGAACCUUUCCUAUCAAAGAUUUCUUAUCUAAAAACUUGAAAUUUUCCUAUUUUAUUCUAGAACUGUACUUUUUUCGUCUUGCCACGGAAUCUAGAUACUGAAGUCAUUGUGUAAUUUGGUUUUAUUGAAAUCCAAUUACUUAAUGGAUAUAAACAGUCUCGAUGUUCCAAAGGAACGUUUUGGAAUGAUUUAACCCCAUCUAGAGGGCUUCUGUUUUGAUUUCCUUGUUAUCUUUUCAUGUUGAUAAAGAGUUCCAGUCUCUAGUUACCAUUUAUUUCUGUUUAUCUUCCUAAUUCCUUCAACGUUUCUUUUCAUUUUUACUUCCAGUAUCUUAAUCUCCUCUAUUAAUUUGUUUAUUUAUAUUCCUCUCCAAUUUUCAAUCUUUCUUUUUUAGAGUUUCUUUGUUUUGCUUAUAUUGUGGGUGUUGGUGCAGUGGUAGUUUAAACAGAGUGUUCAAUAUGAUGUUUCCUGCUUACUAGUCUUUCUUGUUAACAUUUCUCACAUGUUCGUUUUAUCUUUUUAUUUCCAUUCAAGUUUUUUCUCUUUUUGUCUUUAGUAUGUUAAUUCUUUCUUUAUAUUUUCCUUCACUUACUAAUUUUUUCUUAAAACACUGGAAAAACUUUUUGCAGUUGCAGUCCAGGCACUUAAUCCUUUUAAUUUCAUUUCCAAAUUCUAAUUAUUCGGUGUCUCCAUUUUUUCCUAAAUCUCUCCAUUGACUUUUUCUCAAUCCCUCCAUACCAAAGUACCGGAGAAUUUUUUUAAGUGAUCCAGACUCCUCUAGAGUGCUUCUGUUUUGCUUUCCUUGUUAUCUUUUCAAGUUUUGAUGGAAAGUUCCAGUCUCCUGUUACCAUUUCUUCCCCGUUCAUUUAAUCUUUUUAAUACUUUCUUAUUUUAUUAUAUUUAAAUCUUAAUUUUUCAAUUCCUCAACAGUAUCGAAACACUGGAGAAAUUUUUUGCAGUUGUAGUCCAGACACUUGAUCUCUUUAAAUUUAUUCUUAAAUUCUCAAUAUUUUGUCUUUCCACUUUUUCUUAGAUCUCUCCACUGGCUUUUCUGUUUCUUUUCUCAAUCCAGCUCUACCAAAGUUCCGGAGGAUGUUUUGAAAUGAUCCAAACUCUUCUAGAGUGCCUCUGAUUUGCUUUCCUUGUUAUCUUUUCCAGUAUCUUCCUAUUUAUUCCCUGUUCAUUUUAUGUUCACUCCCACGCUUUCUUGGACGUGCAAUCAUGGUUUUACUGGUACUAUGAAGAUUUGAAUUUGCUCUAUACAGCUUGGAACUAUCUAUAUACCAUAGAUAUCAAUUUGUAGUUUUCGUAAGACCUUUUUUGACCCAUUAAUGUAAUGGUAGGUUGUGAUCAUGGUUUUUGUUGUAUUAUAUUAUCGAUUUAAAAUAAAAUUGAUAUUAUUUUUGUAUCCAAUCGGAGUACAAGGGAGAUGUGCACAAGCAUCUGUAGACAAUAUACAUGUGCAUUAUAGUGCAUCCUGAAAUAUAUUUCUGUAUAUUUGAUAUAUAUAUAUGUAUGUGAUAUUAUAGAUUCUGUAGUCGAAUAGUGUAUAUAUAAUUUGUCUUAAAAUAAUAAAUGAAGUGAAUC